AGUAGUAAACUAUUACACCACGUUUAUUCCAGCCUGUUAAAUCCGCCUUAAACCAAAAAAAUCUGGAUUGAUCAGCCAAGGGCGGGUUAUUUCUUCGAUUUCACUGUUCUGAGCUAGGCUUUUAUUAGGUUGGAGUAACACGGAGUUCUGAUAUUUCUCAACAUCAACUUGAAACAAAACUGUUCUGAUACUUUACUGUUGAUCAGCUAAAACUUGAAAACCUUCCGUAUGUCGGCCAUGGAUCAGACUCAGUCAGUGACAGACCUGUUCGGAGGAGCCAUGUCUGCUAUAUUUCCUCCAGACGCUCAGGACAUGAGUAAUUUCAGAGAAAUACCAGACCACCAGGAGGUUUUCACUCACUCCAGCACUGAUCAAAGCAUCAUUAUAGAAAUUCUGGAAUUUGUUCAGGAGCCAGAUGAUGUUGCUCUUAAAACACACUACGAGGACUUGGUGCGCGACAAUGAUGUCAGCGAAGGUGACCACGUCAUUCUGGAGGCAGCGGAGAUGCCGACUCAUAAGUUAGCCAUGUCACAGUGUAGCAGUGCCCGCUAUGUCCUUGGACAACAGAAAGUCUCCAAGUUUAAGGAAGAUUUCAAAAACACGAUUAACAUACACAUGGGAUUGUUCCGUAUUCUGGAAUUCACCACCGAUAUUCUCGUGACCUUCAACGACCCUGUAAUGAUAAAUUCAUUGAGCAGCAGUAAUCAGGCUGUUGCCACCAAUGUUGAUCGCUGGAGCGUGGAGCAGUUUCAGCAGCUCUUGACCACCUUGACCAUCAACGACACUGGGCUAUUCGGAGCUGAAUGAUCCGGCUUGUCAUAUUCAUCAAUAUCCAUCUGGAUGCUGACAAUUUACCCAGAGUAUACCAGACACACUGACAAUGGUGGGAGAACUGGGUAGGGACCAGGGUACUUAGAACAGAUAGGAUGGGAUAGCAACACCUAUAGGGGUGGUUCUCAUACAACUGGUGUUACACAUACCUCAAAAAACUAUAUCUCAAACCAGGUUAUGUUUGAGCAACCCACAACCAAACUUUGAGGGAUGGCCCCAUAACACAACCAGAGAGUGCCUGGUUGUUGAUAACAGUCAGGGAGUGUCGGAGGGAUGACCACACAGACGACCAGGGAACGUCGGAGGGAUGACCACACAGACAACCAGGGAGUGUCCGAGGGAUGACUACACAGACAACCAGGGAGUGUCGGAGGGAUGACCACACAGACAACCAGGGAGUGUCCGAGGGAUGACUACACAGACAACCAGGGAGUGUCGGAGGGAUGACCACACAGACAACCAGGGAGUGUCGGAGGGAUGACCACACAGACGACCAGGGAAUGUCGGAGGGAUGACCACAGACAACCAGGGAGUGUCGGAGGGAUGACCACACAGACAACCAGGGAAUAUCGGAGGGAUGACCACACAGACAACCAGGGGGUGUCCGAGGGAUGACCACGCAGACAACCAGGGAGUGUCCGAGGGAUGACCACAGACAACCAGGGAGUGUCGAACCAGGGAGUGUUGGAGGGAUGACCACACAGACAACCAGGGAGUGUCCGAGGGAUGACCACACAGACAACCAGGAGUGUCCGAGGGAUGACCACACAGACAACCAGGGAGUGUCCGAGGGAUGACCACAGACAACCAGGGAGUGUCGAACCAGGGAGUGUUGGAGGGAUGACCACACAGACAACCAGGGAGUGUCCGAGGGAUGACCACACAGACAACCAGGAGUGUCCGAGGGAUGACCACACAGACAACCAGGGAGUGUCCGAGGGAUGACCACACAGACAACCAGGCCACUUUAGAGCGACGAACCAACAACCAUUGAUUGUUGGAGGAAGGAACCAAGAGACCCAAAGCGAGGAUAUUUUAGUGAUGCAUCCAUGACUUUCAGAGACAAGUUGGGUACUUCAAAGAGCCGGCCACAGCUGGGAUGUUUGAAAGAGUAUUUCAGUAUUCAGUAGUUACACAGACGUCUGUGGUACCUUAAUUAAACUGUCAUAUUUGUUAAUGAUUGCUUCACGUGAACAUCAUAUACUGGGUACACACAUUAUUUUAGUAAAUAUGUACAUGUGUAUGCACUGUGGUUCUGGAGUGACUAUACUGGAAAAACAGGUUUCUAUUGAAAACAUUGCUCUGUUUUAUGUUUAAAUGUUUGUCAAAUAUUGUUGUCAUAAUCUUCAGUUCAAUUUUAGAAUUAUACACUGUAUGAUUUUUUCACAUAGAAAUAUGUUUUUAUAUUGAUAACACGGUAUAUAAAGAAGUGUUUCAUGUUGGAAAAUAACAAUAUCAUACACAUCAAGGGUGUGGAAUAAAAGAAAUACAGAUCAGGA